AUGGGCUCCAAGGUCAACUUCUCUCUAAAGCGCCUCAUCGAUGGCCUCGAAUACAGAUUCACGUUGCGCAGUGGCCACGGCAAAGCUUCGGUCUUUGCUCGCGAUGAUAAUGUUGUCGAGAUUGUCUACCACCAGAUGUAUGGGUGGACCACGUGGCAGGAAUCACAAGGCCAUGGAGAGCCAACUUUGACUGGCCGUGUAUGGGAAGUCCUUCCGCAAGAUCAAGGUGACUUUCCAACAGAGGGUAUCUGGGUCAGUCGCAAAGGGCCAAAAUCAUAUGUCUACACACUGGAAUAUCAGAAAUAG